AUGUCUCAUUUCUCUCAAAACACGUCUGACUCAGAUGGUGAAUGGGAUGCAGAGUCCAAUGUUGAAUCUGUUGCAAUUCCGGGGCCAAACGCCUCGAAGGGAGACUUCAUGGAUGCACUCAAGGCGCUGCAAAUCCAGGUUCAGAAGCUCGUUGAGGAAAAUUGCACUCUUCACGAGGAGAACAAGGUUCUCGUUGCCGAGAAGCCUAAAUGCAAACGUCGCACAGAAGCUCCCGACAAACUCCUGGCCCACGAACAAACAAUCACACUCUAUGCUCGUAAAUACGGUAUGACUGUUGAAAUGUUCCCCAACACCGACCUUUUCAGCAUGCAACGUCCCGAGAACCCAACACCAUUCAACAGCCGAGACCAAUACUUGACAGCAAUGACCCAGGAAUCGGCGUUUUUGGACAAGCUAUAUCAACACUUCCCUAGUUGCUUACACAGUGUUAUGGAAAGCUCGUAUUUCAGCGAUCUCGUAAUGAAGUCCAUCUCCGAGGCUCGCUCAUCAGAAAUCAACAAACUAUGUAGUGUUGCGGGCAGUAUAUUUGACCUUCUGGGAGUAUACUUCAGCAAUACCCAGUACCGCAGAGCCGACGUCGCAGACAUACAGAAAAUGCUUGGAGUGUCAGCAACAAAUCCAAAGUACAAGACAUUUCCACCGGUCCUGUUCCUUGGAAUGCAAGAGGACCCUACCUUGAAGACUAUUCUGAAGGCCGCACUUCGCGGUGUUACUUCGCUUCAUCAAGAGACCACUGGUGGACCAAAGACCAAUGCCCGAAAGUGGAACCUUGAACACAUUACACCAGGAUCUAUUGCGUGGGCUGCUGUCAUUGACAGCCGCCGCAUCCAGACCAUUGUGCAAAACAUCGACCGAGCAGUUUUUGGCUCUGCUAAAUCUUCUACUCCUGCAGCCACUCAAGAAGAUCACUCCAGCGAAGUCAUUCGUGCAAUGAACGCACUCGAUAUUGAUAGCGACACCGAGUCAGAUAUAUCUGAACCUACUCCAACGUCUUCCGCAGUCCAGAGUACCACUGCCUUUCAUUCCAACACUGUCGAGGUGGCACAGCCUCCCACCACUCUCAGCACUAUUUCGUCACUUAGUACCACCUCCACUCUCAGUGCUACUUUCUGA